CCCAGGCUCUCGUUCGUUCCCCCCUCUCGCGCCUUGUCCGUUGAGAGCAGAACCCAUCCUUCUCCGCCAUCACAAACCCCUCCCCCCCGCCAUCAUGGCCGACAAAGACUCCUUCCUUCACCUGGCUCGCCCGCUGGGGCCCGCUCCGGUUGGCGCACAGCCCUCGACCGCUCCUCUUACCGUGACCAUCCAGCCUCAGGCCAUUUUCUCCAUCCUCGACCACUCGCUCCGCCGCCCCGCCGACCAGGACCGCGUCAUUGGUACCCUCCUCGGUACCCGGAGCGAGGAUGGCACAGAGAUUGAGAUCCGGAACUGCUAUGCGGUCCCACACACUGAGACGGCCGAGCAGGUGGAAGUGGAUAUGGACUACCAGAAGCAGAUGCUUGCCCUUCACCUGCGCGCCAACCCCCGCGAGGUCCUUGUCGGCUGGUAUGCAACCAGCAGCGAGCUCAACACCUUCUCUGCCCUGAUUCAGAACUUUUACGGCCAGCAGGGGGACGGCACAUGGCCGCAUCCCGCGGUCCACCUCACUGUGAGCACCGUUCCCGGUGAGCCGAUAGACAGCAGGACGUACAUUUCCGCGCCGGUUGGCGUCACCGCAGAGCGUGCGGCCGACUCGUGUCUUUUCAUUCCCGUCCCCCACGAGCUCAAGUAUGGCGAGGCGGAGAGGUCGGGCCUGGAGCUCAUCUCGUCGGCCAAGGACCGCGAGGACCGCAGCCAGGGCAUCAUUACCGACCUGGAGUCCUUGGAACGUGCCAUCCAGCACGUCCUGGAUAUGCUGGAACGUGUCACCAAAUACGUAAACGAUGUUUUGGACGAGGAGGCUGAACCCUCAUCAGCCCUGGGCCAGUUCCUGCUCAAUGCGCUAAGCCUUGCACCAAAGGUUGAUGCGGCCGAUAUUGAGCGCGACUUCAACGCGCACAUCCAAGACGUUCUUGUUGUCUCCUACCUUUCCAACACCAUCCGUACCCAGAUCGACCUUUCCAACCGCCUUGCAACCGCCGCCCUAACCCUUGGCUCCAGUGAUGCUCUAGCGGAGGGCGGAGCACAGCGCGAAGGCGGAGGAGACAGGCAGAAGGGCGGCGAUCGGCGGGGCAAGGGAAGGCAGCAGAGGGCGCAAGAGGCAUGAAUAUCCACAUAUGGAAGAAAAGAUCAAACGGUCACGGUCGGUUAGGGGGGCAACAAAUAAUGCUAUGUUUGGAGUUGGGCGGAGGUUCCUUUGAUGAUGCAUACCAAGUCAUUUUCUCCCGACAGAUGUGGGUUCGUCUGACAGCGCGUUACUCUUUCGGCGAUGACGAGGAAGGGGAAGGGGCCUAAAAAUGGGAUAGAUUAUGAAUGACGCAUCCAAAAAGCCUGCCUAGCACAUGCCUAGCACUACUGCCAUGGGCAUGAGGCGGGCCUUGUAUGAAUGGCCUGGGUUGGGUUAGCGGAAUUCCCCUUUCCAAGACUAAGUCCGGUUCUGCUCAGGACUUGAUGGGCGAUAUGUUCGGAGCGAAGUUAGAUACAGCUGUUGCUGCUUGAGUGCAACUGAACAUGAACGUAUUC